AUGGAUUGGACGUCGUUGAUGGGUGCUGAGAAGAAGAAGCUGCUACAUACCCUCCCAGAUAAACUACAGUCAAGCACUGAAGAAAUUAUUCAUCUGGAUACUGCAGGCACAGUCAUCAAACUAUGGAAGGUAUGUUUAUCAGAUACAAGCUUUUCUUUAAUUUGUCCAUAUGUUAGCGGGGAAUCUGAGUCCCUACUCAUAGGAAGCCCAAACAAACGGUUUGAAGGAACUAAAAGCCUUAUUAAAACACUUGAGACAUGUCUUACAAUGAAUUAAAGUAUGCAAUUAGCAAUAAAAUUGCUGUUAGGAUCACGCAUGUAGCAUGCUCCAGUCUCGCUGUGAUUUGACCAUACAACUUCAAACCGUUUGUUUGGGCUUCCUAUGCUCUACUGUAUACUUACUUCUCAGGCAUAUCAAAAAAGACUCUCAGUUCUUUUGCAUCCAUUGCAUUCUGCUGUUUUAAUGGUGGAUACAGGAUUUUUAUCUUCGUCGUCAGAGACAAUAAUUUCGGUGUCUUCACUGCUGUCGUGAUUGUGCUCCGUUCUUUUCUUCUCUUCUGUCUUUUUCUUUUCUUUGGUUUCUUCACCUCUUGGUUGGCAUCCAGAUCAAGGACACAUUUCUGAGCUACAUAGUUCAAAUAAAUUUCCUUUGACUUUAUAUUGAAAAAACAUACCCUUUAGAAGCAGCCACGAUUAUAAGAUUUUACAUUUAAAUACUUGCACAUGUAAGUAAGUUGCUUGGUAUAGGUUGCCGUAUUUUCGGAUAGACAUAUGUGUAUGGUGAGACCCAAGCGAAAUGGUUAAAAUCUAAUCCACACCACAAAAUUAAAAUAGAACCACUUUUGUAUCAUCUUACCAGAAUAUUUCUGGCUCUUGUUUAUAGCGCGAGGCUGCGAAAUGAGUUUGUUGUGAAAUAUCCAUGUCUACAUAAUAUAAUGUUAUGUGUACCUUGUUCUUGUUCACAUUUCUCCUCCAUUAUCACUAAAUAAUAGUGGCCAAAUAUCCCCAAUGGUGUUGUGUUCUUACUGUAUUUUGUGUUGUAUUGUGCGCGUAUCCCUAUGGUUUUAUUAGGGAUUAAAGAUUAUCAUGAUAUCAUAUAUCAUAUCUAAAAUAUUUUACCUGAGGCUAUAUAUACAGUAGGUGAAUACACAUAUAUGGGUAAAACCAUGCAGAAAACCUUUCCAGACGUAAUAGUAUACAUGAAAACAAUUCUCAAUUCUGGUUGGCAAUUUUUUCAAAAUUCAGUGCCAUUAAUAUGAUCUUGUCAUACUCAUACAUGAUUUUGUUAAAAAAUUUUUUCACUAACAGGAUUUUGCUGACAUAUACUUCAACUGUAUUUCUUCUAAUAACCCUGUUGAACUGGAGACAUGUGGAUCUAGGGUAAGUCAUUUUCUGUUGUAUGGAUAUUAAUGGAAAGUGGUAGUAUAUAAUGAUAUCAAUUACAACAUAGUAAUUCUUUGAGAAACUCUUUUGAAUGCUUUUAAUUUAAAUUUCAGAUCCGACGCUGGAUAACACUGUUUCUUACCUUGCAACACCAUAGAAAGGGCUAUGCAAAUAAAAAUAUUACACCUUAUAUGCACGCAGCAGCAUAUCAUAUCCAGGAUGUUCUCGACAAAUUCAAGAAUUUGAAACAGUUCAGUGGACAAGGUAUGUUUGUAUCAUACCAAUGUGAGAUAUUGCAUUUUAUACUUUUUGCACUUUCUUUACAGGUGUAGAGAAAAACAACGAUGUUGCCAGAAGUAUAGUCCUUCGUAAGUCAAACAAUUUUGACAGCCCUGCAGAGGUGAUACGAGCGGAGCACAGAAUUAACACUCUGCACAAGAGAGAAAGAAGGAAAAGAGGAUACAAAAAAGUUGCAACUGAGUUUUGGAAUGGCGGGAAGCAAGAGGCCAGUAAAAAUAAAAAACAGAAGUGCAUAAGCAUACAAAAGCCGGAUGUUUCAAAUAAAAUUGGAGAAGAUAACAGCAGCAUACCAGAGCAACCUGCAAAUGUGCAACAAAGAAAUGUGCAAAAAGGAGCAAAAAAGGCAAAGAAAAGAAAGCAAACAAAGAAAAGAUAG